AGUCUCUAUAAAUAGAAGAGAAUGAUGACUCCAUGGCUCAUAGCAUACACAUCAAGUAGUAAGAAUAAUAAGAGCAUCUACAAGAAGACCCGAGAUGACAGGCCUUGGCUCACCAUGUGGCGCGUGCAAGUUCCUGCGCAGGAAGUGUGUGAAGGGGUGUGUCUUUGCCCCAUACUUCUGUCAUGAGCAAGGUGCUGCGCACUUUGCUGCAAUCCAUAAGGUCUUUGGGGCUAGCAAUGCCUCAAAGCUCCUAAUGCAUCUCCCGACAAGUGACCGCUGCGAGGCUGCAGUUACUAUGUCAUAUGAGGCGCAGGCCAGGCUUCAAGAUCCAAUAUAUGGCUGUGUUGCUCAUAUCUUUUCUCUGCAACAACAGGUGGUUAGUCUGCAAGCAGAACUGGAGUCUUGCAAAUCUCAAGCAACACAAGGGUAUAAAGAUGGAUCUUUAACAUCAAACCCUCAAAAAGAAAGUUGCCAAAGAUUAACACCUUAUAUGCAAGACAGGCAACUCUUUUUCCACCAAACAAUAGCAAGCAAUUCUUCAGAAAAAAGUGAGAGUCAGCUAUACUUCGCAAAUGACUGUUUCAAUUCAGAGUCAACUCAAUAUUCUGAAGGUUAUGAGCCAGAUUUAUGCAUGCCCGACUACAACAACAGCAAUCCUUCUUGCAACAUGCAAAGGAUUGGGUAUCAUAACAUGGACAACCUUCAGUCAGUAGCCUUUGCCUAUCUCAAUGAAGCAUGACAAGACGACGCAUUUGGUAGCUAUUGUACAAGCUCGAACAGUUUUGAUAGCAACAAAUGUCAGGCUGUGCUAUUGUAGUUUAGAAUUCAUAGUUUCCACAAUGCUGAGGUUCAUUAAAUUGAAGUUGGUUUUUAAUUAAAAAUCAUCAUUCAUUGCAGGCUAAGUACAGCAUGGAAGAAAAAAAAAAGACAGUAAGGGUGCUGCAUUUUAGUUUGUUAUGUGCAAAUCAGAUGGUUCUUCAGUGCAGAAAUGCAAUUUUGGUUCUUGUAAAACCCGCUAAACUGAAUAUUUUUUGGACUCUGGAAGCAAGUAUUUUUAGCCAAUUUUUGUCCUUCUUUUCAAAGAUAACAGUGCUUUUAAAAUUGUAAUAAAUUAAGGUUACAUGGACUGAAGAAUCAAGAACAUUACCUCUACCGGAAGAAAGGGAACUGAAGGUGGACUCAGUUUUUUUCUGAAUAAAGGCUUCACAUGAAAGCUACUGUAACAUUCUGUAUACUCGUCAUAAUGCUUGAUUGGAUCACUGAAAUUCAUGCUUACAUGUUAACACCAAUUCUCAUUAAGGGUUUUAUCUACAGUAACAAUUAUGUAUUAAUAGGCAUCUUUUCCCAGGAUAUUUAUACCCUUUAUCAGCAUGAAAGUCAUGUAAAUCACCCAU